UGCUCGACGCAGAAAAGCCCCUGCAGUACGACAUCAUACCUACCACGGCUCCGACUUUCCGUCGAUUGGAUCAUCGCUUGCCAUCACAUCCCCGGAGGAAGGCUGUCCCGAGUUCCCGCUGUUAACCUUCGUCAACCCCCCGACAUCAUAAUAGCAUCAACCCCGAACUCUACAAUAAAAAAACAACACACAAGCCCAACAUCAACACAAGCAGCAGCAGCAUCGCAACGAUCAAACUGCAACCACUACAAUGCUGUUCGGAAAAUUGAUACUCGGAUUGACCGCGCUGGUCAGCGCUGUCGCUGCCUUCCCCAGAAGCGAAGACACAAAGUACUUCCAUGAACCUGGUCGCGGCAAUCUGGAGGGCCAUUAUGAUGCUCGUUACUACAAGGAGACCGUCGACUACGAUACAAGGCUGGAUACGUUGACGCACAUGGUCCGGGCGUGGUUGCAGACGACCCAGCAGGAGAACAUCGAGACGUGGAUCGCCCACGGAACGCUAUUGGGAUGGUGGUGGAACGCUAAGAUGCUUCCUUGGGACUGGGACCUCGACGUCCAGGUGCACCACAACACCCUGACCAUGCUGGGCCAGAAGUACAACCAAACCACGCACAAGUACAAGUCGGCGGACGGCACGGUCGAGCGCGAGUAUCUGCUGGACGUCAACCCGUGGAUCUGGCAGCGUGUGCGUGGCGACGGCAACAACGUCAUCGACGCCCGCUGGGUCGACGUGAGGAACGGCCUGUUCAUCGAUAUCACCGGUAUCGCCGAGACCGAUCCCACCAACGCUCCUGGAAUCCUGAACUGCAAGAACUGGCACCGUUACCACUACGACGACAUCUGGCCGCUCCGUGACACCACCUUUGAGGGAGUGCCGGCCAAGAUUCCGUACAACUUCGAUGCGAUCCUCGUCAAGGAGUACAACACCAAGGCACUGACGGUGACCGAGUACCAAGGUCAUCGUUGGAACGUCCAAACCAAGGCCUGGGAGAAGGCAACCGACGUCCCGAGCGGUGCCCAAGGCGAGCUGGCGCUCGAGAAGCCCCGAGUACCCGGCCGCUACUCGACCGUCGAAACCGGCGGCUUCUUCUAUAACGUCUUUCGUUUAGUGCACUUCUGGUAGUACCUUACACCAACACACAUGAUGUCCUCGGAAGCGACAAACGGCCGGUGCCUUUUUUCAUUCUUUGAGCUCUGUGUAUAAUUUGUACGA